CAGCAAGGCAGCAGGAGGACAGCUGACACAGCAACAGCAGAGGGAGAGGAGCUGGCAAAAGAGAGGAGGUGAAUUCACCUCCGGCGCAUUCACGCGUGGAUCGGUGCUAGAGAUAAUGGCUCACGGGUCUACGAUGGCGGCAUCGGUGGUCGUCCUAGGUCUCGCAUGUUUCCGACAGGCGUCCGCAUUUGUCGUAUCCGUGCGGUCGCCUGCCGCCACCGCACCUGCUCCUGCCACUGCAGCAGGGCUUAUUCGUAUCAACAUCGUUGGAGAGCACCGAUUGCAUCGAAGAACGCGCACCGCCUCUGGCGUCUACCGUCUCUCGAUGCAAAAGGCGGCGGGGUCACAGGAUGCGGGCGGCAGACGUAGCAGCUGCAGCAGCAGCGGCGGCGGCGGCGGAGCAUCCACCAGAUUAGAGUUCGGGGCGGGACUGGGAGCGGCCGCGGCAGCCAUCGUGAUGGGCGGUACCAGCGCAAGAGGUGCCCUAGCGGAAGACGCCAAUGGAGAUGCUGCCACAGCAGUGGUCGCGACGGCGGGAGCUGAAGGAGCUGCCCAUGCGGCUUCGCCGGCGGCGACGGAGACCACACCGUCGUUGCGCGAGCUUGGGUUCGAGGUCCCCUACACCGGGAAGUUGGUCCCGCUGAACAAGUUCUUGGGGAGCCGGGCCACCCUGGUGGUCAACGGAAAGCUUGACGAUCCGGAAGCGCUGCAUCAGGGCAAUUUGCCCGGUGGAGGUGACAUGACAUGA